AUUCGUCACUGUGCCGAGCGCGCGCGACUUUUGGUUCCUCCUCCUGCGCGCGCUCCCGAGGAGACAAGAACACUCAGACCAGAGUGACACCUGCGAUGCGAUAUACUUAAGCUCCGUCUCAUUCAAAUAACUUUUAACCAUUAAAGAGGAAAAAGAGAAGAAUAAAUAGAUGAUAUACAUUUACUGAGAAAUAAACAAAACUAAAAUUUAUAACAAACUUUAGAACAGCUUUACUGACUAAAGAUGCUCACAGACAUGAUAGAAGGAGAAUUUGAUAUGAAAGAGGAAGAACCAUGGUAUGAUCAUCAGGAUCUGGAACAUGAUCUUCAUUUGGCCGCUGAACUGGGUAAAAAUUUACUGGAGCAGAACAGAGACUUAGAACAGACACUCCAGCAGAUGUAUGAAACCAACCGGGAACAGCUACAGGAGAUAGAGCAUCUUUCUAAACAGGUGGAUUUGCUGCGGUCAGUAAAUGAUCAGCACGCUAAAGUCCACGAGCAGCUGGAUUCAACAUCACGAGACCUGGAGCUGAAAAACCAAAGACUGGUGCUGGAGAACAGAGCGGCCCAGGUGAAGAUCGAAGGACUCACAGAGACAGUGGACGGGCUGCAGACUCAGGUGGAGGAGCUCCAGAGAGACAUGAAGAAGCUGAAACAGAGCCGGUCUAGAGCGCACCUGGAGUCACCACAGCAUGAUGAUGUUCAGGGUCUCACAUACUGCAAGCAGAAGUAUCAGUUACACAAGUCCUUUUCCCAUGAGCACUUCAUUCCCAGCAGCUGCUGUUCUCUGAAGCGGGAGGAACAGGAUGAGUGCUGGGAGCUCUUGCGCUCGAUCCAGUCCCUGCAGGCCCAGCUGCGCACAGAGCGCGCUCAGAGAGAGGCUGCGGAGCGGGAAGCUGAUGUUCUGGCGCAGGAGCUCAACGAACUGGAGCCAAAGGCAGCGCUGCUGGGAGUCUAUAAGAGCCGGCUGGCCGAGAUGGAGGCUGAAGUCGAGGAGCUCCGACUUCUUUUGCGCUCGAGCAAAAACAACCUGUCCCUCCCAUUGGAUGAGGAAGUGGGUGUGGCCAGCAACAGUGGGCGGAGCCUGCAGAGCUGCAGCAGUGAGAGGCAUCAUGGGAUUUCUCUGCUGAACGAGAUGGAUGCACAGUACAUCACCCUGAAGGAAAAAUACGACGCGCUUCUGCGCCACUGCGAGGAUGGGAUGUUGACGCAGAAACACAAAGCUGUCCAAACACACACACACUCUCAGGACGAGCAGCCCGCAUACAAGGCCCUGUUUCAUGAGCUUUUCACCUUCAUUCAAAAGAGCAAAGAGGACCUGAAGGGAAACAGGACCAAACCCAUUCAGGUUGAAUGAGGCACUGCUUUGCAUUUUCCAUUAGAAAUGUGUGCUAUAAAUUAGGUGUAGAAAUAAUUUUCACAAGAUAACGGCAAGUAAAACAUUGAAUUAAACAUGACGUGUUAUAGUGUAGUUAACUUGGCUUAUUCUUACAGAACCAGUAUAGACACUUUAAACAAAUGUACAGAAAUUUAUAUGGUGACUGUCUAUAAAGUACUUUGAAAAUAUUUCUAAAUGUUACCGUAAAACAAAUUGUUGCUUCUGUAAACUGAAAAGUACAGAGCCCAGCACAUGACAUACAAGAAAAAAAAGUAAAUUGUGCGCGUGACUCACUAUUUCGUUCCCUCGAUUUACUAAAUUGUGCGCGCGACUAACUAUUAUUUACUAAAUCGCACGCGUGACUCACUGUUUCGUUACCUCGAUUUACUAAAUUGUGCGUGCGACUUACUAUUAUUUACUAAAUCGCACGCGUGACUCACUAUUUCAUUCCCUUGAUUUACUAAAUUGUGCGUGCGACUUACUAUUUCGGUCCCUCGAUUUGCUAAAUUGUGCGCACGACUUACUAUUAUUUGCUAAAUCGUGCGCGCAACUUACUGUUAUUUGCUAAAUCAUGCGCACGACUCACUAUUUCGUUCCCUCAAUUGGCUAAAUCGUUCACGCGACUUACUAUUUUGGUCCCUUGCUUUACUAAAUCGUGCGCGCAACUUACUGUUAUUUGCUAAAUUGUGCGCGCGACUUACAGUUAUUUGCUAAAUCAUGCGCGCGACUUACUGUUAUUUGCUAAAUCGCACGCGUGACUCACUAUUUCAUUCCCUUGAUUUACUAAAUUGUGCGUGCGACUUACUAUUUCGGUCCCUCGAUUUGCUAAAUUGUGCGCACGACUUACUAUUAUUUGCUAAAUCGUGCGCGCAACUUACUGUUAUUUGCUAAAUCGUGCGCACGACUCACUAUUUCGUUCCCUCAAUUUACUAAAUCAUGCGCGCGACUUACUAUUUUGGUCCCUCGAUUUACUAAAUCAUGCGUGUGACUUACUAUUUUGGUCCCUUGAUUUACUAAAUCAUGCGUGUGACUUACUAUUUUGGUCCCUUGAUUUGCAAAAUCGUCUGCGCGACUUACUAUUAUUUGCUAAAUCGUGCGUGCGACUCACUAUUUCGGUCCCUUGAUUUGCUAAAUUGUGUGCGCGACUUACUAUUUCGUUCCCUUGAUUUACUAAAUCGUGCGUGCGACUUACUAUUUUGCUCCCUCGAUUUGCUAAAUCAUGCGCGUGACGUACUGUUAUUUGCUAAAUCGUGCGCACAUCUCACUAUUUCAUUCCCUCGAUUUGCUAAAUUGUGUGCACAAUUUACUAUUUCGUUCUCUCAAUUUACAUGUGCAUGAUUUAGCAAAUCGAAGGAACGAAUUAGAAAAUCUUGCACAUGAUUUAGCCUACUAUUUUUUUCCUGCAUGUCAUGUGCAGGGCUCCGUAGAAGAGUAGUCUUACUGAUUUCUGAAGCAAAUAUUAAAUAUUUUUUUGUGUGUGUUUUAUAGUGGGGUGAAUCUCAUGAAAACAUUUCUAGUUUAAAUAUUACCCUAGAAUCAAGAGGGGAAAAAUUAGAACAGAUAUUAAUGUAAAGGCAAUAAAGCAUAUCUUUAGAUUUUUCUGCAAAUUUAGAGACAUAUCCAACUAUUUACAUCUGAGAAGAAUAACAUAAUAAUAUUGUAAAUGUUGAAGACUUUUGCGGUAAUGUGUCCAGAUGUUUUACUCUUUUUUAGAAAUUAUUAUUUAUUAAAAAUCAGAUGUAAACAUUAGAUUGACACAAAUAUGUAUAAAUGUUUUACAAUUUAAAUAUAUCAUUUGUCUGAAAUACAGUAAUGUGAAAGGGUGUCUUGUCAUGAAAAUAAUGUAAUGCAAAAUUCAUUUCUCAUGCAAAACAUUUUUUAUUUUGAAUAUUGGGGAAAUAUAGCUGUGUGGAAUUAAGCCUAGUGCUUUUUAGUCAGACCGUGCAUUUGUUGCAUCUUUUUAUCGGCAUGUGAACUUUGUGACACUAGCAGUUCAUGUGUUUCAGUCUCACUCUUGUUGCCAGGUCAUGUUAGUAGCGUUGGUGUACAUCAGAGCAUCACUGCAUGACCUUUGACCUGUACUAGCAGUACAAAUGAGAAGCCCAAACUAAAUUCCACAUAGACAUGGACUUGAAACCCAGAGGGACUCUUUUGGACGCUGGACAUCAGGGAACAUGUUCUUCAGUCCUGGUGUAAAGGCUGCGUCUAAUCAAAGCCUUUGAUAAGAUUUGAGUGACAUGAUCACACAGCGUUAGGUAACGUCUUUAUCAGGCUGACAGAGAACAGAUGCUUCGUCUCUUAUCUUGAAUAUACCUGACUGUGCAUCAGAAAUUAUAACUGGAGCUUGCACUUUGUUCAUAUCGAAAAUGUAAGAGUUAACUCUUUGGGGGCAAUCCAUGCUUUAUGGUAUAGGGGGCGCUGUUACGCAUCUCAUAAAACAGUUUACAUAAUCUUCCGAUCCAAACACAAGCGAAGAAGAAGCAUUUCUUACGCUCAUGUAAAUGAAACUUACACACAUUCAAGUGCUGAUAAAAAAAAAAAAAAAUGGAUGAAGCUCUAAUAAAAUGUUAUUGUAAUUAA